GCUGCUGGGACGAGUGGGCGGGGCGGCCCUCGCUGAGCGCGGCAAAGCCAGAAGGUGGCGGGCGGCGGAGCAGAGGCGGCCUCCCUGAGGGGAGAGGACGGCGGUAGCAGCAGCGGUGGCAGCCCCCGCCUCCCCGCCCUCACCAUGUCCCAGGCGGAGCCCGAGGCGCUGUCGCUGCUGUCGGAGGUGGAAGGCUGGGACGCAGAGCUGUGCCGCCGCCAGCUCUCCGCAGUCCUGCCUCGGCUCCUCUCUAUGUAUCAGAUUUCUGACAACUGGACUCAGCAUAUUUGUGUCUUAAGGAUCCUGACAGAAAGAUUCCUGCCCCACAUUAAUCUUUCUGAGUUAGAGGAAACAUUUUUCCCUAAAAUAUUACCAAAGACAUUACAGUUAUUUGAUCUUUUGAUAUAUGAAAUAACCAACCAGACAAAAACAUUAACGAGCCAGAAUGCAGAGUUACAUACGUCCUUGAGGAACCAUCUACAGGCUCUGGUACAGGUGUUGGAAGCAUUAACACGGUGUAUGCAACACAUUUGUACUGUGCAGGAGGCAGUUCCCUUAGAACAUAUUCACAGUCUUCCCUCUCCUGUUCUUCAUGUAAUCAAGAACACAUUUAUAUAUUGCAAGGACAGUGAGUCAUCAUACAGUGGGUGUCUCCACUUGUUUUCGGAUUUACUCCAGUCUCUGUUUAAGGAGGCGUAUGCUUUGCAAAGGCAGCUUAUGGAGCUGCUUGAUAUGGUAUCUAUGGAUUCCUGUGCUGCUGAAGACAGUUUACCAGUUACAGUAUCAGUGAUUCACACAAUGCUGGAGAUCUGUUCUGCCGUUUCCAACAUAGAUCAUGCCCUUCAUGCAAAUACAUGGAAGUUCAUAAUCAGGCAAAGUCUCAAGCACAAAUCUCUGAUAAAGAACAACUUGAAACAUUCUGAUAUCCUCAGUGGCCUUUGUGAGGACAUCCUGUUUUCUUUCCAGUCUUGUUUGCAGCUGGCUGAACAAAUGAAAAGGUCUGGGACACAGGAGAACGUUGAUUACAAGCUGUUCAAAAGGACAAUCAAGCUGUGUCAAUUCUUUGCUGUUUCCCUGGUACACUACACCAAGGAGUUCACUCCUUUCUUGAUGAAUUCUUGCUCUCAGUUACAUCAAACAUAUCUUCAAAUAUACAGCAAAUUUCCUCCCAGUCUUCAGGCUCCAGUGAUUUCUGAGGCCCAUCAGGAUGAAAUAGCCAAGGGAUUCCUAGUGGCACUGGAUACUCUCCUUCCUCAGCUGCUCUCUUUUAGACCUUUCCUAGAAGUGGUGUUAAGUAAAACUUUAAAUUUGUCUCCCGAGCUGCACUUUCCACAGUGUCGUCUUCUGCUUUCUGUAAUGGACAUGUUACCAUCCCAGCCCCAGGACGUACAGGCUCUUUGGAACACAGGAAGUGAGUUCCCAGAAGAAACUCCCAGGAUGCCCUUGUUUGCUGCCCUUUUCGUCAGUCUUCAGCAGUGCUCUGGCGAACUUUCUUUUCCUGUUUUUUUGCCAGGAGUGACAGGGACAGGGCAAGCUGAGGAUCCUGUCACUUUGUACCACUAUGUCUGCAUCCACUUGUGCACCUUUAUCACAACCCUCUCGGUGUCACAUUUCCCUCUACUGGAAUGUUCCCUGCUGGAAAUUGUACUUGGUUCUAACAUGAUCACUGCUCUCCUGGCUAUGGAUGCUUGGUGUUUCCUUGCCCGAUACGGGACAGCGGACCUGUGUGCUCAUCAUUCAUUCGUAAUAGCCCACUUGAUAAAAGCAUGUCCUGCAGAGUGUUACCAGGUCUCUCUGCUGGGGGUUCUAUUAAGACGCUUGCUCUUCUUGGUGGCUGCUGAUCACCAGGUGAAAUUUACCCAGAAAUUUCCUCCCAAAGACAGUGAGAACUUACUGUUGUGGCAGCAUCUUUCUUUGAGGGCCCUGGAACCUCUGCUCAGGAAGCAAAUUGCUCAUGAACUUCUUGUGACAGGACUUGCACAUUGUCAGGAGUGGCUGAGCAGCAAAAGACCAUUGGAGGAACUUCCACAGGUGAACACUGCACUCUCUGCCUUACUAUCCGUGUGCCAAACUGCUGGGGAGAUACUUGAGACGGAACAGCAAACAGCACUAAUUCGAGCUAUUAGCCAAUUCUUGGCUGUUCUACAUGCCACACAGGACUCCUGCUUGCAGCAGACCUUCUGCUUGAUGUUUCGACUUCUGCAGCUCUUCAUCCCAAUGUUAGCGCCUCAACUUCUACUUGAGAUCUUUGCGAUGCAAGCUUCCCUCCUCAAGCUGAAUCCCCCAGAUCAUGUUUUCACUGCAGUCUUAGAUUUUCUCUCUUCUAUGGGGAAACUCUUUAUCCCACCAGAUUUUCAGGUGCAGGUUCUGUCCAAGCUGUCUAGUUUAUUUGCUACCUUGCUGGCCAACAAUAGCUGGUUGAUUCAUCAGCAUGCCCUAGAGGCAUUCACUGAGUUUGCAGAGGGAACAAGCCAUGAAGAUAUACUCCCCCAGUGCCUUAACUCUGAAGAAAUCAAAAGCAAAGUAGUUUGUUUCCUUUCAAAGACCCAUCAGGUAGAGGAGACACCAGAAUCAAGAGCAGCACGACUAAAAGAGGAAAAUGCUCUUCUCAAGCGCAGCUCAUUGGAGGCCAUGGCAGACCAACAAAGGGUCCGGGACUUAGAGCCUUCCCCCAAAAGAACUUGCUACUCAUCCAGUGAGGGGCAAUACAAGUCAGCCAUAGACACUGUGGAAGAGACACUAGAGGCUGUGAAGCUGCUGCUACAGAAGAGCCCACCACCCCUUUGGCUUGCAAAGAAAUUGGAAGCACUACAGAUGACACUGAACAGUUUGAAGAAGAGCAUAUGCUGAUAGGUUUAAUGCUGCCCUUCAGGAUGAUUCCAGUUCUUUAUUACUAACCACAGUUCCGUGUGAGACCUACAGCUGGAAGUUGGAGUAGCAACCAGAGAUGGAUGGACUUAGAUGUAGCUUGGUUUAUAUUCAGCUUGUUUAGAUGAGCUGCAAGGGAAUGUGAGUUGGAGAAGUAAAUAUGCUAAGGUUGCAGUUGAUUGGAUAUGGACUGAAAUACAUGUACAUUUUCCUAUGCCAUUUUCUUCUGUUGUAGCUUAACUUCUGAAAAAUAUCAGCUCUUUUCUGCUUA